GGCAGGGGAGAGGGUUAUUCUGUAGUGCUCUGAGGCAGCGAGGGUUAGCGCAUGGACCAAUGCGAUUAAAAGGGCAGUGGGAAGAUGCGCGUGCUUGCCUCUUGCUGGACGGAGAGAGGUGGUGAAGAUGGUCUGACUUCAGCUCAUCCGGAUUGGGUUUUCAUUCUUAUUGAACUGAACAUUGACUCUUUAUUUUAAGUUAUUUUAUUUCUCACAUUUUGAUUUCAAACCUGAUUUUAUUUUUCAGUUUUCGUUUUAAGAUGCGUUUUUGUGGAUUCCACAUCGUUAUUGUUUAGGUGUCCCCGUUUCACACCCGGAGAUUUAUUUUAGUACCUACGGUUGCCCGCGUGCCACUACCCUGACUCAGCAUCACACCUGGGCUGCAGGCGAGCUCUGUAGCCCUCUCGAGCAUCCCUUUGAAGAGCAGGGAAAGUAGCAAUGCACGGAGGGCCAGCGUAGAGCUGCGUAGAGUCGGAUAUCACAGCUUUAACCAAGACAAUCAGAGAGGCACAUAUCCUCCAAGCUCAAAGAGGGGUCUGAAAAGGGGAGAGAGAGGAAGAGUAGGCUACGAGAGCACCAGGGAGGGCGUUAUAGAGAAAAAAAGGAGGAGACGGUAAAGACAUUAUUAUCAGCAGAGAGUUGGACUGGUUACUACAAGCUAGUAGCAAAUGUUUAACAUUACACCUGCCACACAAAACAUCAUUAUAGGAAAGCAGCUGUCAAAGUGUACGGAGGAAGACGAGAAAGCAUAGCUUGGGGGGAUUGAACGGAGCAGGGCAUGUGGAUAUUGGCUGUUAUCUUUUUCCAGAGCAUCUUAAAUGUUUUUAGUGAAGAUCUACGUUCCAGCUUAUAUUUUGUCAAUGCAUCUCUGCAAGAGGUAGUGUUUGCCAGCACCACAGGGACCCUGGUGCCCUGUCCCGCUGCAGGGGUGCCCCCCGCCUCGCUGCGCUGGUACCUGGCCACCGGAGAGGAGAUCUACGAUGUGCCCGGGAUCCGCCACGUGCACCCCAAUGGCACCCUCCAGAUCUUUAACUUCCUCCCCUCCAGCUUUAGUAAGCUGAUCCAUGACAAUACCUACUAUUGCACAGCUGAAAAUCCUUCAGGGAAAAUAAGAAGCCAAGAUGUCCACAUUAAGGCCGUAUUUCGGGAACCCUACACAGUCCGGGUGGAGGACCAGAAAGCCAUGAGAGGCAAUGUAGCGGUCUUCAAGUGCAUUAUCCCUGCCUCCGUGGAGGCUUACGUCACUGUCGUAUCGUGGGAGAAAGACACAGUCUCACUAUCCUCAGGACCUAGAUUUCUCAUCACAACCACAGGAGCCUUGUAUAUUCUGGACGUCCAGAAUGAGGAUGGAUUGUAUAACUACCGCUGCACCACACGGCAUCGCUACACGGGCGAGACCAGGCAAAGCAACAGCGCCCGGCUUUUUGUGUCAGAUCCCACCAACUCAGAGCCGGGGAUUCUGGAUGGCUUUGACCGUCGGGAGGUCAUGGCGUCCCAUCGGGUGGAGCUGCCCUGUAAGGCGUCAGGCCAUCCCAUGCCCAAGUACCGCUGGCUGAAGGACAACAGCCCCCUGGAGCCCGACACACGUUUCCGCCAGAGUGUCACGGGCCUGCUGAUAGAGAGCGCCCAGCCCACCGACUCUGGCACCUACGUGUGUGAAGUGUGGAACAGCUAUGGCAACGCUGAGGUGGUGGGCCGGCUUAUGGUCAAGCAGCCCCUGAAGGCGGUGGUCAGCCCACGAAAGGUGAAGGGCAGCGUGGGUAGUAAGGUGUCCUUGCAUUGCAGUGUCAGUGGCUCUGAUGAGUAUGAGCUGUCGUGGUAUCGUAACGGAGAGAUCAUCUACCCUGGCAACAACGUGCGGAUCACAGGCAUCAGCAGGGAGAACCUGAUCAUGGAGGGCAUGGCCAAGAGCGAUGGCGGGGCCUACCAAUGUUUCGCCAGGAAGAACAAAAUGUCUGCUCAGGAUUUUGUUCAGGUCAUUUUGGAGGACGGCACUCCGAAGAUUCUGUCCUCUUUCAGUGAGAAGGUGGUCAACCCCAACGAGCCGGUCUUCUUGGUGUGUAACGUCAAAGGCACUCCCCCUCCCUCCUGCACCUGGAACCUGGACGAUGACCCGGUCAUCAAGGACAGUCACCACCACCCUGGCCACUACGAGACCCACGAGGGCCACGUGGUCAGCCAGCUGAACAUCACCCACACCAAGGAGGUGGACGGAGGGGUGUACCGCUGCACCUGCAGGAACUCGGCCGGGGCGGUCUACCACCAGGCUCGAAUAAACGUAAGAGGGGCUGCCAGCAUCCGUCCAAUGAAAAACAUCACAGCCAUCGCAGGGCGGGACGCGUACGUCCACUGUCGCGUCAUUGGCUACCCAUACUAUUCCAUCAAGUGGUAUAAGAACUCCCACCUGCUCCCCUUUAACCACCGGCAGCGGGCCUUCGAGAACAACGGCACUCUGAAGCUGUCCAACGUGCAGGAGCUGGACCAGGGAGAGUACAACUGCAGGGUAUUGGUCAAACCUCAUCAAGAGACCAAUCAGAGCGUCCAUCUCAAUGUCAAAGUUCCACCGUACAUCCAGCCCUUUGCAUUCCAGCGGUUCUCCAUUGGUCAACGCGUCUUCAUCCCCUGCGUGGUAAUGUCAGGUGACCAGCCCCUGGACAUCACCUGGCAGAAGGACGGGCGGCCAAUCCCUGCCAGUCUGGGGGUUACCAUCGACAACAUAGAGUUCACCAGCUCACUGCGGAUCUCCAACCUGUCCCCAGACCACAACGGAAACUACACCUGCAUUGCACGCAACGAGGCUGCAGCCGUUGAGCACCAGAGUCAGCUCAUUGUCAGGGUUCCUCCCCAGUUUGUGGUGCAGCCCACAGACCAGGAUGGGAUCUAUGGCAAAACUGUGACCCUCAACUGCUCUGCUGAGGGUUAUCCACGCCCCACCCUCGUAUGGAAACACUCCAAAGGUAACGGGGUUCCCCAGUUCCAGCCUAUCGCCCUGAACUCUGGCUCCCGUAUCCAGCUGCUGGUCAACGGCUCUCUGCUCAUCAAACACGUGCUGGAGGAGGACAGCGGCUACUACCUGUGUAAGGUCAGCAACGACGUGGGAGCUGACGUCAGCAAAUCCAUGUACCUCACCAUCAAAAUUCCGGCCAUGAUCACGUCGUACCCCAACACCACCAUGGCCACGGUGGGCCAGCAGAAAGAGAUGAGCUGCACGGCCCAUGGGGAGAAGCCCAUCAUGGUGCGCUGGGAAAAGGAGGAACGCAUCAUCAACCCAGAGACCAGCCGCUACACCGUCGUGGUCAAAGAGGUGGCUGACGAGGUCAUCUCCACUCUGAAGAUUUUGCCCACUGUUCGGGAAGAUUCUGGAUUCUUCUCCUGCCAUGCCAUCAACUCCUAUGGUGAAGACAGAGGGAUCAUUCAGUUAACAGUACAAGAACCUCCGGACCCUCCCGAGGUGGAGAUCCGAGAGGUCAGAGACCGGACCAUUGCCCUCCGCUGGACCAUGGGCUUCGACGGAAACAGCCCCAUCACAGGAUAUGACAUUGAGUGCAAGAACAAGUCAGCCUCGUGGAAUUCAGCCCAGAUAACCAAAGAUGUGUCCCCCCAGCUGAACCAGGCCACCAUUAUAGAGCUGCACCCCUCCUCCACCUACAACAUCCGCAUAUUCGCCAAGAACAACAUCGGCAAGAGCGACACCAGCAACGAGCUCACCAUCACCACUGACGAAGCAGCCCCCGAUGGCCCUCCACAGGAAGUACAACUGGAGGCCACCUCUCCACAAAGCAUCAAAGUCACCUGGAAGGGCCCCCACAAGCACCUUCAGAAUGGGGUGAUCCGGGGCUACCAGGUGGGUUACAGAGAGUACAGCUCUGGAGGCAGCUUCCAGUUUAACAUCAUCAGCAUGGACACCACAGGGGAGAGCAGCGAGAGCAUCACCCUGGACAACCUGAGGAAGUUCACUGAGUAUGGGGUGGUGGUGCAGGCAGCUAACCGUGCUGGCACCGGGCCCUCCUCUCAGGAGGUCAUCACCAAAACACUGGAGGAUGUCCCCUCGCGUCCCCCUGAGAAUGUCCUGGCCAUGGCCAAGUCCCCAGAAGUAAUCUCUCUGUCCUGGUUGACCCUGCCCAAAGAGGCCCUCAAUGGAAACCUGCAGGGCUACAGAGUCAUCUACUGGGCCAACCUGCCAGACGGAGAGUUGGGAGAGAUCAGGAACGUGACGACCUCCUACCCGUCUCUGGAACUGGAUGGUCUGGAGAAAUACACCAACUACAGCAUCCAGGUUCUGGCCUUCACCCGGGCCGGGGAUGGGGUGCGCAGUGAGCAGAUCUUCACCCGGACCAAGGAAGAUGUCCCUGGGCCUCCAGCGGGGGUUAAGAGUGCAGCCGCCACCAGCUCCGUGGUGUUUGUGUCCUGGCUCCCUCCUCUCAAACUCAACGGCAUCAUCAGGAAGUACAUUGUCUUCUGUUCCAACCUGCACCCCACGGUGAUGAGUGAGUUUGAGGCUUCUCCUGAUGUGUAUUUCUACAGAGUGCCAAACCUGGCCCGCAACAGGAAGUACAGCAUCUGGGUGGUUGCCGUGACAGCCGCUGGGCGAGGCAACAGCAGUGAGACCAUCACAGUGGAACCUCGGGCCAAAGCUCCUGCCAGGAUCCUGACGUUCAACGGAACAGUGACUACACCCUGGAUGAAGGACAUCAUUCUGCCCUGCAAGGCGGUCGGAGAUCCACCCCCCACCAUCAAGUGGCUGAAGGGAAACAAUGGUACCCCUGCCCCUGUUCUGAUUGAUGGACGCCGCAGUGUCCAUAGCAACGGUAGCUUCAUCAUCCGAACGGUGAAAGCAGAGGACUCUGGGAACUACAGCUGUGUGGCCAGCAACAACUGGGGCUCUGAUGAGAUCACGCUCAACCUGCAGGUUCAAGUUCCUCCAGACCAACCACGUCUCACAGUUACCAAGACAACCACCACAUCAAUCACUCUGUCCUGGAUACCUGGGGACAACGGAGGAAGCUCCAUCAGAGGCUACAUCCUGCAGUACUCAGAGGACAACAGUGAGCAGUGGGGCAGCUUUCCCAUCAGCCCUAGCGAGCGCUCGUACCGUCUGGAGAACCUGAAGUGUGGCACUUGGUACAAGUUCACCCUGACUGCUCAGAAUGGAGUGGGCCCCGGACGCAUCAGUGAGAUCAUUGAAGCAAAAACACACGGAAAAGAGCCCCAGUUUGCCAAAGAACACGAGCUGUUUGCCAGCAUCAAUUCCACCCGGGUCAGGCUCAAUCUAAUUGGGUGGAACAAUGGCGGCUGCCCAAUCACCUCAUUCACCCUGGAGUACCGUCCGGUGGACACGGCAAUGUGGACCAUGGCCCAGCGCACCUCACUAACCAAGAGCUACAUCCUGUACGACCUGGCGGAAGCCACCUGGUACGAGCUGCAGAUGAAGGUGGUCAACAGCGCUGGCUUCGCCGAGAAGAAAAUCACAUUCGCCACGCUCAACGCCGAUGGAAGUACUAUCCCUCCUCUGUUGAAGACAGUGGACCCCAUCACAGACAACAUGUCAGGCAACGAGGGGCUGAAGAUGAUGGUGACCAUCACCUGUAUCCUGGUGGCUGCUGUCAUGGUCUUCAUCCUCCUGAUGGUGCUGAAGAGGAGGAGGAGGGAGCAGAGGCUCAAGAGGCUACGCGAUGCAAAAAGCCUGGCAGAAAUGCUGAUGAGUAAAAACACACGGACACCAGACACAUCGAACAAGCAGCAAGCCAUGAGAAUGCACAUCGACAUCCCCCGAGCCCAGCUGCUCAUCGAAGAGAGAGAUACUAUGGAGACUAUCGACGACAGGUCGACGGUGCUGCUGACAGAUAAUGACUUUGGGGAGACGUCCAAACAGAAGUCGUCCACUGUCACGCACACAGUCCACUACCAGUCCCUGUCGCAGGCCACCGGCCCACUGGUGGACGUCUCCGAUGCCCGGCCUGGAACCAACCCCACAGCACGCCGCACUGCCAAAGCGGGCCCUGCAGCCAGCAGGAACCGAUACGCCAGCCAGUGGACCCUGAACCCCCCCCAACCACCCACCUCCUCCCACACUCUGAGCACAGACUGGAGACUGCCCACACCGCGCGCCACCGGCUCUGUGGACAAGGAGAGCGAUAGCUACAGCGUCAGCCCAUCGCAGGACACAGGUACUGGACUGACCCUAUGUCUCACAUACAACAUUAGUCUGCAGCAAAGGGGAGACCACUACUACUGUACGUGGAAGGGUCAGAGUGCUCACGACCGCGCGCGGAGCAGCAUGGUGUCGACAGAGAGCGCGUCGUCCACGUACGAGGAGCUGGCCCGAGCCUACGAGCACGCCAAGAUGGAGGAGCACCUACGGCACGCCAAGUUCACCAUCACAGAAUGCUUCAUCUCCGACACCUCCUCAGAGCAAAUGACUGCCGGCACCAAUGACUACACAGACAGCCUGACGUCCAGCACGCCGUCCGAGUCAGGCAUCUGCAGGUUCACCGCCUCCCCGCCCAAGCCUCAGGACGUCAGCCGGGUUAUGAACAUGGCAGCACCCAAGGCCCACAGACCGGGAGGAGAGCUGGUGCACCUGCCCCCGUACCUACGAAUGGACUUCCUGUUAAACCGUGGCUCUGCAUCGGGAGGCCGGGGGUCCAAUGGUGGCAACGGAGGAAGAGAAGGAGGAGGAGGGGAGACAGGUGCGUUGGGUCAGGCGUGUUUGGAGCCCCAGAAGAGCCGCACACUGAAACGGCCCCCGCUCCUGGAACCCACACCCAUGGAGGUGCCCACAUCCAGGGAGGUGCAGCAGUGGCAGCCAGGGACUGCCUCCACCCUUCCCCAGCGUGAGCCCACUGGCCGUGAGGCCACCGGAGACCUGGCCCAGGCCCCGGCUGCCAAGCUCAGCAGCUCACAGGAGUCCCUGCUAGACUCCAGAGGACACUUAAAACAGAGCAACAACCCCUACGCAAAGUCCUACACACUGGUAUAACACAAGGAGUUACGUUACACACUCCGGGACUUAGACUGUAAACUGUACUGCAGAGAGCUGGCACGGAACAAUGAUGAUGUUGGACACUUUUCAACAACGACUAAUAUAUAUUUCUGACUCCAAGUGGAUGCGUUACUUUGAUUCUUUCUGUAUUUCUUUCUCUUGCUUUCUUUCGUUCCUUCUCUUCUCUAUUCCUUUCUUUUAUUAUUUUGUUCUUGCUCCCUUCUUUCCUCUUCUGGCUCUCUGAUUUCUCCGUUUUAUUUUCUAUUUGAGUAGUCUUUUAUUCUAAACACCAUAUGAAAAUUGCCAAAAUAAUGUAUUUAAAUUUGACGAAGAAAAAUACUAUUGAAUUUAUAUCAAUGAUAAUUAUAGUCAUUAUUAUUAUUAUAUAUAAAAAUGUAAAAAUGUCUAAAAACAAGAAGAAGAAGAGGAGGAGGACUCUGGAGCACUCUGCGGGAGGAUAUUGCUUUCUUCAUUUAUUUAUUUUGUUUGUCGCAGUGUGAUCAAAUCGAUGAUUGGAUAGCUGGCGGUUUUUCAAUAAUGAGAGGAGCCAAGGAAAAUAACUGCAUUAAAGCUGAACCUGUCUGUCCAUGCCUUCGACUCAAUCUACUCAGAUAGAUUGUUACUACAUUCUUCAACCUUUCCAAUGACUGCAUGGGGACUGAUCUAUGACAAUUUACAGGAAUGGCUGGAAAAUCCAAAAGAGAAUUUUGUCACACUAUGAAAAUUAUACAAUGUGAAUAUAUAUAAAAGAGAUCACUUUUAUUUGUGGAUAUUACAGGGAAAAUGAUUUGGUUAAUAAAGUCCUUAGUCAUGUUUGCA